UGCAUAGUCCACUUGUUCGGCCGGUUACGGUUACGACGACGCUAGGCUAGCUUCAGUCAGAUAUCUGAAAACCACAGGCGAACAGUUUGAAUAGGGCAGUGCUCAAUGAUUUUGGACUAUCAUCAAUGUCUUUUCAAAAAUGUAACAACUUUUCGUAUGUUGCAGGCAAGAUGUUGGCACAUGUUAAAAAGCCAGAUAACUCAGUAGAGCAGAUAGAAAUUAACUCCAAACAAACUGGACAAGACUGUCUUGAUGAGGUCUGUCGGCGGAUGGACAUUGUUGAAGUUGAUUACUUUGGAUUGAAAGCAAUCAAGAAAGAAAAAAAUGUACAGUGGUUGAACUUAAAAAAUCCAUUACUACCACAACUUCAGGGGCAACAGCCUUAUUGGCUGGAGUUGAGAGUCAAGUACCAUGUGGAACCUCACUUAAUCCAACAACAAUCAACGAGACACCUCUUCUAUUUGGAAGCAAAGAAACGAUUAGAAGAUGAAACUUUAUUUGCGCAGGCCAAAAAGGCAGCUGCUAUCACAGCUUUAAUAGCACAAGCCGAGCAUGGUGAUUACAACCCUCAUCAGUGCCAGUACCACUGUUUCCUUCCAGCAGAAGAACUAACGGACGAGUACAAAAUAAUGAUAGUCACAGAACAUGCUAGACUGAGAGGCAUGCGUCGCUCGUCAGCAGAGUACAAACUUGUUCAAGAGGUCUACUCUCUUGAUGACUAUGGUGUAGAAUUCUGGGACACAGAAUUAUUUCGAGGAGAUUCGCACAUUACAUGCAAGUUUGGUGUUGGAACAGUAGGCAUUAUUGUUCGGUGGAACGACCAUGAAACACCUGUCGAGAAAAGCAUUUUGUACUCAGCAUUGGAUGCUAGUGGGACUGAUGGUAAAUACUGUGACAUUUCAUUUAGAACUGACGAGCACUAUGAUAUUGAAUCAAUGCGUUUUAAGUUUCCAAGCCGAGAACAGGCAGAAGGACUUUACAGGGCAAUAAUUGAGUCAUUGACAUUCUUUACCAAUGACACAGUAUCAGAAGAGGUGCAUGCACAGUUUACAAGAGAUUUCAAAGGCACGUUGGCAUCUCUUUUCAAAGAGAAAACAAGAGUUGGAAAGCGAUACAUGUUCGAUGUUCGGAGGACAGCAAAGGAAGUGUAUGAUGACUCAAGGAGACAGUUGUUUGCAGUAAGAAAUAAAAAUCCUUUCGCUAAUAUUUCCGAAGAUGGACUGGUUGAAUGUCUUGACAAGUCAUUGGACGAAUGUUGUAAAGUGAAGGAAGAAGAGGCAUUGAAAUGCCGCAUUUGUAUGGCCAUGUGCAUAGACACGGUUUUCCCAUGUGGACACGUUAGUUGCCAAGACUGUGCCAGAAGGUUGGACGAAUGCCAUAUGUGUCGAGGAAGUGUUAAUCCUGCCCUGCACAUCUACCUACCAACAUCAGCAUGAAGAAAGAGACUGAUGACCAACCACCUUGACUACCUGCAGUUGUGACAGAAACUGUUGACAAGACUGGCUCUUGUUAUUCAGCCUCCAUCCAACCAGUUUAAAAUGUGCAAUUUGUUUUUUUCUCCUUUGUGCCACAGAUAAUUUCAGCUCAAGUGAAUUGUUAUAAUACAAAGUCCUAGUAACAUUGAUAUUAGAUAAUUCCUUCCCUAAAAAAUAACAAAUCUUGCAGGUUUUUAAUACCACCAAAAUAUGGCAUACUCUUGUUAAAAUCUAAUUUUCUGACAUUAUUGCAGAAGUUGUACCAACCCAGCAUUUGUAAAAUUAACAGUGUAAACUUGACAUUCAGGUAACCCCAAAAUUUUAUUAUAUAUUUUUAAUCCUCUUCCUUCUAAUAUUAUUUGGUACAAUUCUUAAAUUCAUAUAAUGUAAAUUCUUAGGUCCCAUUGUAAAUAAGAGAUAUAUGACCUUAAAUUGUGUGUUAAUAAUAAUUCCCUGUGCAAACCUCAACCUUAAAAUGCAAUGCAAAGUUUGUAAUGAAUAUUUUGAUAUAAAAAUAAAUUGACAGAUAGAUACUGUAGUUCCUCUUCCAGUAUAAUAUAAACCCUUGAACAUGAAAUUUGUCAAGUAUGUAUAGAAUUUCUCUUCCAUUAGGGAGUGGGAGUAUACCUCUUUCGUAUAAAAGGAAGGAACUACAGCAUCCAUGAUGUAUAGAUUGCUUAAAUUAAAAUAAAAUGUGAUGAAAUUUGGGUAUUUAAAGUUCUGUUUUAUAUGACAAAUGAUUGAUAUGCUCAUACUGUAUAUGGGCAUGUUGAUGUCAAAUGUGGGCAAAUCACAAGUAUUUUUGACCACUGGUCAAUGGUUACAAGUCUCAUCCUUUCACAUCCUUCAUAACAUUAGAGUUUGUUUGAGCCUUCAUCCCUUUAAUUUUGCAUUCCAUGAGUUAUUCCUGUUUUUGAUACCAGCUUGUUAAUUAACAUGUUAAUCCAUUCCAUAAAGUAAAAUUCAAUUUGCUUACCAGAUUCUAAUUAUUAUUACAGUCCUUUGUCUACUAUUCUUCACAUCUAACUUAGUAGCUUACACUUUAGUACACAAAACAAUCUAGAAUAGAAUAGUACACAAGAAAUGUAGAAAUGCCAAAAUUUGAUACUUAAUUUUAUAAAUUGAUACCCAAAUUUCAGUUUUAUGCUGCUUUGUAAAAGUGACAGUGUACUUGAAACCCCAAGGGAUAGUAGUAUUGUCGUUUUAAGGGUUCUAUGCAAAACUACCUUAAAAUCUAAUGAUUGAUGGUAAAACAAGAUCUUUGAUGAUUUAAGAAAGAUAUUGACAGUUUUUGGGCACUGUAUCAAGAAGAUAUAUUAUGGGCAAAUGGAUAUGAAACAUCCUGAUGGCCUAUAAUACUGUGUACUUACUCAAAUCUUAAAACCUCUCACUUCCAAAAUCAUCAGAAUACCAGUGGAAAAAUAAUGAUUAUGAUAGUUAAGGAUGGUUCAGAAGGAAUGUGUGUGUUACAUGUAGGUCAACAAAUAGAUUUUCAAUGCAAGUUGUGGGGAUAUUUCUUGUAGUACUGUGGGUCCUUUUUAGUUUUACAUACAAUACUAUAAUGUGAUAGAUAUUUCCUAAGUGAAGAAAAUCUCAUUUUGUUUUUAAACAAGCUUAUUUGAGACCAUAAGAAUAUUAUUUCUGUUAAUAGGAUUUUCUUAACAUUAGAAACAUGCUUUUUGAUGGCCCCUACUUUGGACUACUUUUUUUUUUUAACAAUAUAUGUUUAUUUACAUUCAUACUUUUCUGUACGAAUGCUCUAAUGACUGAAGGGAAACUCGUUUGAAUUAAAACUAUUGGCAUGAAAAAUGUGACCAAACAAUGUUGAUAGCAACAUUUAAGUUUACAAGCAAGAUUAUUUUGUUAGGUGAUGGCUUGUGUUAAGCUGGCUCUCUGUUUUUUUUUUUUAUUCUAAAAGUUGGAAAGGAAUAAAAUAUGUUUCCCAUAUUUUUUUAUGAAAUGGUAAUAUAACAAUGAUUUUAAUAUGAAUGUACACAAACAGACAGAAAAUAACUUUUGAUAAGAAAUAAAACAGUAUAAGGUAGAAAUGUAUUAAAUUAAUGUAAUUUAAUUGCAAACAGGUUCUUGUGUCUAUAUUUUUGUGAUGACUGAAAAAAAUUGUUCCUAAAAGGAUUCUGCAUGUUAUUUGAUGUCAAAUGUUUCGUCUCUUGCUUCAUACAUAACGUUUAGAUGUAGUAUUUGUUUUAUGAUUAGCUCUUGUCAUUGGCCAUUUGUGAAAUAAAUAAGAUGCUUUAAGUUA